GUUUGACAAUCCGGAUGUACGAAGCGUCGUUCAGUCAGUCUAAAACCAUCUGUCAUUAAACACAAUCGCUAAACUCACCCAGAAUCGACUCUCAACGUUCUUAAGCUUGUUUAAGGGAACAGAAAGAGAUCGCUUAUUUGUAUAGCGAUUAAAUUGCCGUUUAGUUCAUUGAUAAAUCGUCAUGGAGAACGGCCUGGAAAGCACAGGGGACAGUAAUCUUGACCAAGCUGUGCAACAGUGGCUAAAGUAUGACAAGAAUCCAAAGACAUCUGCGGCCGUGCGGGCCAUGGUUAAGGAGGGAGCCGUGUCAGAGCUGCAGAAGUGUUUUGGGGCCCGUAUGGAGUUUGGCACGGCGGGACUAAGGGCCGCCAUGGGACCUGGAGUGUCCUGCAUGAAUGACCUCACCAUCAUACAGACAACACAGGGUUUCUGUCAGUACCUUGAGCAGUGUUUUACAGAUCUCAAGCAGAAAGGAGUGGUGAUAGGGUUCGAUGCUCGUGCUCACCCACCAAGUGGUGGCAGCAGUAAAAGAUUUGCCUCCCUCGCUGCUUCUGUAUUGAUCAGCCGAGGAGUUCCAGUCUACCUGUUCAGUGACAUCACGCCCACUCCAUACGUGCCUUUUACUGUAUCACAUCUAGGACUGUGUGCUGGGAUCAUGGUAACAGCCUCCCAUAACCCCAAACAAGACAAUGGAUACAAGGUAUACUGGGCAAAUGGAGCUCAGAUCAUUCCGCCUCAUGAUAAGGGCAUUGCUGCUGCUAUUGAAGAGAACAUUGAGCCGUGGCCAGAAUCAUGGGACACAGAUGGAGCUCUUCAGAGUUCCCUCCUCAAAGACCCAUACCAGGACAUACAUAGAGAAUACCAUCAAACCAUACAACAGCACUGCUUUCACAGGGACCUGAAUAAGAGUUCAGAGGUGAAGAUCGUCCAUACGUCAGUUCAUGGAGUGGGCCAUAUUUUUGUACAGGCUGCUUUUAAAGCCUUUGACCUUCGACCUCCGUAUGCUGUGGAAGAGCAGAAAGAUCCUGACCCGGAGUUCCCCACUGUCAAAUAUCCCAACCCCGAAGAAGGAGAGGGAGUCCUGACGCUGUCCUUUGUGCUCGCAGAAAAAGAGGGGGCAAAUGUGAUUCUGGCAAAUGACCCUGACGCUGACCGACUGGCUAUUGCAGAGAAACAAAAGAGUGGGCAGUGGAAGGUAUUCUCUGGUAAUGAGUUGGGUGCUUUGCUUGGCUGGUGGAUUUUCCAGUGUUGGAAGCAGCAAAAAGGAGAGGAAAAAGCCUCCAUUAAGGAUGUCUACAUGCUUGCCAGCACCGUCUCCUCCAAAAUCCUCCGUGCCAUUGCUGUUAAAGAGGGCUUCCACUUUGAGGAGACACUAACAGGCUUUAAAUGGAUGGGGAACAGAGCCAGAGAACUGAUGGAUCAGGGAAAGACUGUUCUGUUUGCCUUUGAAGAAGCCAUUGGUUACAUGUGUUGUCCUGCAGUUUUGGACAAAGAUGGUGUGAGUGCAGCUGCCAUUUCUGGAGAGUUCAUCUCCUACCUGGCUGCUAAAAAUGUAACCCUGUCCCAGCAACUCACAUCCAUUUAUGAGGAGUACGGCUACCACAUUACCAAGAAUUCCUAUUUUAUCUGUCACAACCAAGACACCAUUAAGCAGUUGUUUGAGCGACUUCGAAACUACACUGGGGAAAAUUCCUACCCUAAAGUGUGUGGAGGCUUUGCUGUCACAGCAGUGAGAGACCUGACCACCGGCUAUGACAGCAACCGGCCCAACAACAAGGCUGAUCUGCCCACCAGUAAGAGCAGUCAAAUGAUCACCUUUACCUUUGCAAAUGGGGGCGUGGCUACAAUGAGGACCAGCGGCACAGAGCCCAAAAUCAAAUAUUACACCGAGCUCUGUGCUGCACCAGGAAACAGUGAUCUUAACCAGUUGACGAGUGAAUUGGAUAACUUGGUUGAUGCAAUCGUGGAACACUUCUUCCAACCCGAGAAAAACGGCCUGAUUCCACGACCAGAGUGACAGAAAGUACCACAUACAAAGAAAUUGAAAGACUGUUAACAUUCUAAUUCUGCUCUUAAGUCUUAACAAACCAAACUUAACCUCUCUUAUUCAUGCUUAGAUAUUUUAAGUCUUAAUCUGAGGGAAGCUUUUAAUGAACUUUUGACUUGUUUUUGACACUAGAAAUGUAGAUCAGAGCUGGAACCACAUAAACAUUAUCAUUGCCUUUUUUUGUACCUAUUACACUGUGGAGAGAACUUUCUUCCACCUCUCAGUUUCCUAAUCUUCAAUGCAACCAUUUGAAAUAUUAAAAGAAAAAAAUAUAUUUGCCUUUUUUGACUCCGUAAUCUGUGAAUUUAAUGGCGUUGCAAAGGAUGUAUGUUUGAAUAAAUGUACAAGUGAUUUAUCUCUGCUGACAUUUAAGUCUGCAGACAGAUUAGUUGAGUUGAUUUAUAAAAAUGAUUUUUAUGUUGCUGGAGCAGGGGACAAUGCCAGCUAAUGUAUGUCAUUCCAUAUCAUUAAUACACCAGUUCCAGAAUGGUUUUACCAUAAAUAUUUUAAAAGAAAAGCAGAACCUAAAUUGGCAUCAAAAACAUACUAAAUAUCAGCAUAUCGAGCAAAUUUGAAAGGAUUAUUAUAGGCUGUUUUAGUGCCAGAAGGAUUGAUCUGGCAGAUUGUCAGAGUACCAUAACAGCCUUACUGCGGAAGAAAGUGAUAUCUAAAUUCUAGUCGCAGGUGAACAUGAUUCCAGUGAAAACAUUCCCAUUUCAUCUGUUUAUUCACCUGUAAUUGUUUGAUUUGUUUGUCAAUAAAUGUUUAUCAGCACAUUGAAUGCCAAACCUGAGCAAUUAGUUCAAGAAUACAGUAAGCACGGUGAACUUUGUGGGAUUAUGGAGCAGGAUUAGCAUAUUUGUAAUGUUUGCUUUUAAAAUGUAAAUCCUCUGAACCGAGAUUGUAUAAACAAAUAGAUUUGUGUGUUAAGCCACUAAUUUUGUUUUUUAAACAGCUCAUUCAGGCAAACGAUAAUGGGUUGAGAUUUGACAGAAACGCCUUAUUAUCAACACAGCAACACAAGAGGUGGUGCAGUGUUAAUGUACUUAAUGUCUUCAAAUAUACUGUUGGCCCAUUUGCCAAACCACUCAAUA